UAACAAUUACUAUUAUUCAGACGUCUGGCCUGAACUUCACCGGCGAGGAAGGAAGUGUGGUUCUUUGUCUGAACUGAACGUUCCCCGGGAUUCUCAUUGCGGAGCAAACGGUCAAAUUCACUUAAGAUUCUGGGCCCCCGUGAACUCGAUGAUGUACGGCGAUCCUCAGCAGCAACACCACCAACAGCAGCACCAGCACCAGCAGCAGCUCGGUGGGGACUUCCAUAGGGGCCCACCGCCUCCGCCGAUGAUGCGGCAGCCCUCAGCCUCAUCCACUAACCUCACCCCGGAGUAUCACCACCCCCCGGGCCCUCCCGUUCCGUACGAAUCUCAUGGUGACAAUUUCGCUGCAAGGAGAAUGAGAAAACUCACGCAGAGGAGGGCGGUUGACUACACCAGCACCGUUGUGCGAUAUAUGCAGAGUCGCAUGUGGCAAAGGGAUUCGAGGGAUAGGACUAUUUUGCAGCCAACCCCUGCGGCAGCCAUCGAUAUGUUGCCGACAGUUGCAUAUAAGGACAACCCAUCCACAAGCUUCGCGGCAAAAUUUGUUCAUACAUCCGUGAACAAGAACCGGUGUUCAAUCAAUCGAGUUCUGUGGACUCCUACAGGUAGGCGUCUCAUCACAGGCUCUCAAAGUGGUGAAUUUACUUUGUGGAAUGGACAGUCAUUUAAUUUUGAAAUGAUUCUUCAGGCGCAUGAUAAUGCAAUUAGGUCUAUGGUAUGGAGUCACAAUGACAACUGGAUGGUUUCUGGUGAUGAUGGAGGUUCAAUAAAGUAUUGGCAGAACAACAUGAAUAAUGUAAAAGCGAAUAAAUCUGCUCAUAAAGAAUCUGUUCGUGACUUAAGCUUUUGUAGGACAGAUUUGAAGUUCUGUUCUUGCUCCGAUGACACUACUGUUAAAGUUUGGGACUUCGCUCGGUGCCAAGAGGAGCGGUCAUUAUCUGGUCAUGGUUGGGAUGUCAAGAGUGUCGAUUGGCACCCUACAAAGUCCUUGUUAGUUUCAGGUGGUAAGGACAACCUUGUGAAAUUGUGGGAUGCUAAAAGUGGAAGGGAGCUUUGUUCAUUUCAUGGGCAUAAGAACACAGUGCUCUGCGUCAAGUGGAACCAAAAUGGAAAUUGGGUGUUAACUGCUUCAAAAGAUCAAAUCAUCAAGCUGUAUGAUAUCAGGGCCAUGAAGGAGCUUGAAUCUUUUCGUGGCCAUCGGAAGGAUGUCACUGCACUGGCUUGGCAUCCAUUCCACGAGGAAUAUUUUGUUAGUGGAAGUUUUGAUGGAUCUAUCUUCCAUUGGCUCGUCGGGCAUGAAACUCCGCAGGUUGAGGUCACAAAUGCGCAUGACAGUGGUGUCUGGGACCUUGCAUGGCAUCCUAUUGGUUAUCUCCUCUGCAGUGGUAGCAAUGACCACACCACAAAGUUUUGGUGCCGAAAUAGACCAGGGGAUACAGCUCGUGAUAAGUUUAAUGUUGGUCCAAAUCAAGGUUAUGGUGAGCAGAACCCUACUCUUGUUGGUCGCAUUCCUGGUAGCUUCCCCGGACCUGAAGGCCUUACAGCUCCAGGCCCCUUUGCUGCUGGACUGUCUCGGAAUGAUGGAACAAUACCUGGUAUAGGAGUAGCAAUGCCGCUAUCAAUUCCAUCUCUUGAUCUGUCUGGUCAGGGAGAGCAGAAACAGCAACAGCCUCUUUCUGGUUCGAUGCCUGUAGGGCCCCCUCCUUUACCACCAGGCCCUCAUCCCUCUCUCCUUGGAGUCAAUCAGCAUCAAGCACCUUAUCAACCAAACCAUCAGCAGCAACACCAACACCAGCCUUUCCCACAGCAAAUGGCCCCAAAUAUGCCUAUGGGGCCACCUCCAAAUAUGCCUCAGUUACAGCCUCCUUCACAUUUACCUCUGCUCCCUCAUCCUCAUUUGUCUCGUCCUCCACCUCAGAUGCCCCAACUUAGUAUGCCUUCUAAUGUCCCUUCUUCGAUGCCUGGGUCCGUGCCCUCAUCUGGAACCGGAUCCCAUCCAAUGCAAAUGCCUGGCCCCAUGCAGGGAAUGCAAAGUUCCAUGAAUCAGAUGGUUCCUCCUCAGGUGCCACAAGGCCAUUAUAUGGGCAUGAAUCCGAUGCAUGCAGGUGGGGUGCCGCCUCCACCAUUUCCAAACAUGCAGGGACCUCCCAAUUCAAGCGGGAACCAGAUGUAUCCACAAGGUGGUCCUGGUCCAUACAAUCGUCCACAAGGUGGUCAGAUGCAAAUGAUGCCUGGUUUCAAUCCCUUUCAGCCAUCAGGUGGCCAAUCGGGUAUGCCACCUCCGCCACCUCCUGGACCUCCACAGCAUGGCCAAGCGCCUUCACAACAGUGACCUAGAAGGGACCUUCACUCCCUCUUUUCUCGCUAUAGACACCAACUCGUAUUGGAGAGACAAGAAGGCACCUUCGGUAGAUCUUCCACCUCAAUACUCAACCUGUAUUAUUAUAGUACUCUUUCUUUGGCGCUUUUCGUUUCUUACCCAACAGAUCCUAUGGAAGUUGGAUUGAGAGCUGAGUAUCGGGUUAUCAUUUUAGCAAUUGCUAACGUUCUUUCUAUUGUUUGUCUAUUUGACAAAAGUUAACUUAAAAAGAGCAUAGAUGUGAUUUGCAAUCUUGCAUUUGGUUAUGGUAAUAAUCCUGAUUCUGUCUUC